AUGAGCGUUCGUAGUCUUGUGGCCAGAAGACUCGCACAAAUGCCCAGUGUUUAUGCUGUUUCUGCUGCUGCUUCUGUUUCAAGGACUGUUUCUCGCAUAGGACCAGUUUCGUUUUACUCUACCAACAAGACGGAAAAGAAGACUGAAAAACCUCAGAGCAUUUUAACAGACGACUUGCUUGCCAAAGCGGGCUUUGAAGACAUCCCCGAAAAGGUUGAAGAAACAGAAAACGGAGCCAGUGGCGAAAGCGACGGUUCUUCCGAACAAGGCCCACGUAGAAGAAGAAAGAGAGCUCAGACUUCAAAAGACUUGAAGCGUGAAAGAAUGGCCAACUACUUCUACUUGCUGACUUUCGCUGGUGCCAUUCUUGGUGUAGGCUAUUUAUGCAGAGACUGGGACUCAGAAGAAGAGCGCAAAGCUCUCGAGGCUCAGGAAGUAGAUAACGGCUACACUCCUGGUUUGAUGUAUGCUCGUUUGAACAAGAGAUUGUCUUCUUUGUUUACGUUCUUUUCUGAACCUGCUUUUGAAGACUUGUUGCCUCCUCCAGCUCCUGAAGCUUAUCGUAGACCCUUGACAUUGGUAUUGUCAUUGGACGACUUGUUGAUUCACUCGAACUGGGAUACCAAGAAUGGCUGGAGAACCGCCAAGAGACCAGGCUUGGACUACUUCUUGGGCUACUUGUCGCAGUACUACGAGAUCGUCAUCUUUGGAUCUAACUACCAGAUGUACUCCGAGAAAACAGUUCUCAAGUUAGACCCAAUGCACGCAUACGUUUCCUAUGCACUUUUCAGGGAGGCUUGUCGCUACAAGGACGGAAAGUUGAUCAAGGACUUGUCGUUGUUGAACCGUGACUUGGGCAAGACUGUCAUUAUUGACGUUGAGCCCGAAAGUGUCUCUGCUCAACCAGAAAAUGCCUUGAUUGUAAAGCCUUGGGACGGUAAGUCGGACGACUACUUGAUCCAGAUGAUCCCCUUCUUGGAAUACUUGGCUACCCAGCCAGUCAAGGACGUCAGACCUAUUUUAAACUCUUUCUCUGACAAGAGUAACAUUGUUGAAGAAUUUGCUCAAAGAGAAAGAAAGUUAAGAGAACAAUGGGCUCAUGACCACAAACGUAGCGACUUGCCAAAUGCUGGUGACUUCAUUGGUAAGUUGUUGGGCUUGCCUACCGUGAGAAAAGAACAAAAGAUGCCAUUGGACAUCAUCAGAGAACACGGUCAGUUCCAAUAUGAGCAGAUGCAAAAGUACAUGCGUGAAAACGCCCAGAUCUUCUUGGAAGAGGAAAAGAAGAACAAGGAAGAGUUCGGAAAGGUCUCGUUGAACCAGUUGCUUACUGAGGGUGCUCCAAAGCCCGAGGACAUCAUGAAGGCACAGGCUGAAAGGGUCAAGAAAGAACAAGAAGCCGCAGCUGCUCAAUAA